AGAUCUCUUCGCUUGGACUGCCAUGUCCUACUGGAAAGCCUACGCUUUUGACUCUUUGGGUUGGCAAAACGCCAAUAACGAGUUACAAUUGAUGUUGCAAUUACGCAUCAGUAUCCGAGUCUCGAAACGCCGAAAGAUCCUCGACCAUUAUCUGCUUCCUCCUUCGGACACUUGUGUCACCGCAAGCACUUCCAUCGUCCACCUGAGAGAUGCUUCUGAAAAUAUUAGGCAGUGUUUGGAAGAGGCGUAUGGUAAAUUUUCUACCCAAAAAUGUCUUCGUAUCCCGUUCCAUCAGCCCAAGCCGGGUCGUGUUUUGGUGCCGAUUGCACCGGACAGUGCGCCAUGUCUUGGAGGCACCGCCCUACAUUUGUUGACUCUGCUUCAUUCGCUAUCUUGCGCCAGUAGUUUCGAAAUAUUUCUUCGCUACAGCAGUUAUGCUCACCACGCACUGGCGAAUAUCGAAGGUGUUCUUGCGGACAGCACAAACAUCGAUCUGCUGACUCUACGGAGGCAAUUGGGUUGUGCGAUUAUUCGAGAUGAACACGAACGUGCAGAGAGUAACCACGCGAAAGCCACUAUCUCUGCUGAAUCUUGCAUACCGGGAGAUCAACCUAUGCACGCGCAGCCAAUAUGCUCACCACCGCCUUAUUCUCCACCACCAAAAACGGCAAACUUGCCCAAGACUCCUAAGAAGAUACACGUCGUGAAUGAGAAUUCUGACCUGAUAAAUAGAGCGGGCUGCUUGAAGCGAUCCCAUGCCUGUAUUGAUCCUGAGCCCGACUUCCUGUUUACAAAAUCUGCGAGACCACAGCCCAUCUCUUGUUCGCCAACCUCCAAUGAUACUCCUGACGUUGCGCAUGAUGCUGAAAAAUUGUCAUCACUGAGAGAGGCAACAUUCUCGCCUACCAUAGUCAAUACACCAAGCACCGUAGAGGAUACUCACAUGCUUCCUUCUGAAGACCAUACACCAUUGGUUAUCAAAGCUGCUCAAGUUGAAGGAGAUGACUCCUUUGCUGGCCAGUUACUAAGUGUCGUACGAAACACAUCGCCCUCAAUUCUCUCGACUCCAGGCCGUUCUGAUACGCUUAGUAUCAAGCCCACAAUUUUUACGAAGCGAGAUGAGCUUCCUAGAUACUCGGUCGAUGCAGAAAAGGUGCCUUCUCAGGUCCAGGAUCAAGACUCAAGGAACAAAGCGAACAACCUCAUGUCAACUUCGACAUCUUCGAAUACAAGUCCACCCAAGCCAACCAUGCGCUCGUUGCACCAGGAACUACGUAUGCUAGUCUCUGCAAAAGUGCCGCUGCUCACUGCGCAAGCUCUGCAGCGUAUCAUCGACGAUCUGCUAGAAUCGCUAGAUUACAACCAAAAAGUCGCUGAGAUCGGACUGCAAGAGACAUCGGAUGAUUUAAAGGUUGAGCUACAGCUCGAAAAAGACAAAAGCCUUGAGGACAUUGACGCCCACUCGGAACAUGUCUUUGAUGAUGUCAAAUGUCAGAUGGAAGAUCUGGCAAAUGGUCAUCUGUUGGCCUUUGAAGACAUGCUGCAACGGACUGGAGAGCAGUUAAAGCAAACGCUAAAGGCUUUCUUGCUUGUUCUUGCCAAAGCCAUGCUUACAGGCAAACUCGACGAUGACGCCCAAACAGCCAAUAUGAACGCGACCAAUGCGGCUGGGCCCCAAGAAGAGGACUCUUUAGCCGCGUCCAACACACAUUCAGCAAAUUUUGUAUCGCCCGGCAUAGCCGACUCGCCAGCAAUAACCGCCACGAAGCUCUUUCUACAUGAGUUUGGGAGUCUUUGCACGAGUGCGAAGGUGGAAGUUCUCGAGAGACUUGCAAGUCAGAACACAGCCGAAAUUUUUCUGACGGUGGACAAAGGGCUUCGCGAAGCUUGGGUUGCAAGCUGGACUGGUCAGGUUCCAUCU